AUGAAGAUAUAUAAACCGCCCGAACACCUGCUGUGUCGACUCCUUUCUGUCCACGCUGCUCUCCGUUCGUGGCUCUCCCCCCAAGCGCUGAAGUCCCUCAGCUACACUUUGCCGCCUGCCCCCGCGAGUCCAUCGGAUUCUUCCAACCGGCCCGCCUCUCUGUCGCCAAGUGGCCGUCGUGAUUGCAGUUCAUCUGGCACCCUCGUGCCUCAAUCUCCAUCGGCUUAUCCUUCGUCCUUUUUGCAUUUGAAUCCCGGCCCCUUGCUACCAUAUUCUCCCACGCCACUCGGCCCGCAGCUCGUGGACUCGACCUUCUUUCCGGCGCCAGAUCCCUUUGCCAGCUUUCUUUCCGAUACCUACCUUACCCAGGACCAAUACCCUCUAUCCACCACAUUCUCAGACACCCCCGGCGUGACCCCAACCGUCUCUGUUGGGGAUUCCUUUGACGACCCAUUGCAAGCGUUUCUUUCGACGGAAGGCUUUGAUUUCAGCAAUAUUGCAGAACAGCUCCUUGUACCAUCUUCGAUUGAUAACAGUCCCACGUAUACCCCGACAUCAGAAGACAGCUCAUUGCACUCCAUGAAGGCAUGCGAGCAGUAUCUUCUAGACAUCCCACUGACCAGUAACGCCGACGACUCCCGCUCCGAGACGGACCAGCCGUCCACCGCCGGCUCUGUUCGUUCCGCCAAUUCAGGCCACAGCUCUCCCACCGGGCUUGACCUCGCUGCCGCUCCCAUCCCCCCUGUCAUACGCAGCCCGGCGUCAUCUUCAAAUUCCACCGCCGAAUCGAGCAGUAGCCGUAAGCGACAGCGUGUGGAUGUCGAAAAGCGAUCUGAGGAAGAAAUAGCCAACGAGAAACGCCAGCGAAACACGAUGGCUGCUCGCAGGUUCCGUAAGAGAAAGGAAGACCGGAUCUCUAGCUUGGAGCAGCAGCUCGCCGAAGCACUCCGAGAACGAGACGAGCUCAAGCUUCAAGUGGCAAGGCUCGAAGGGCAGAAUAUGAUGUUGCGGAAGUAA